AUGUCUCUGGCGGUGCUCAAGGGUCCUAUGCAUCAAUACUAUCUAUUAGAGACCGAGGAUGGGACUUUAAGUCUUCCGGGGUUGAGCAGAGGGGAAACAGUACUUGUGCAUGCGGAGACCGGAGGUCUAAGAUUAAUGACUGUGCAAAUAACAAAAGCAUUUGGAGCAAGAGUUAUAGCAACUGCUUCUACAGAGGAAAAACCAGAGGUUGGGUGCAAAUCUGGUGCCUUUAAAUUCAGUACCUAUGAAUCUGUAGACUAUUCCGGGAGUCAAGAAUGGUGGAAGACCGUCUCAGAGUUGACAGAUGGCACAGGAGUUGAUUUGGUUUUUGAUUCUCGUUCCGGAGACAGAUCGUCGGAAUCCAGAAGUAACAUUGCAAGUAUGGAACGGGCUAAAUGA